GUGGAUAUUCCAAGGUGUGUCACUGGGUGCAACUACGAGACUGCGCAGCUUCCACAUGGCUAUAUAAACAUGGCUGUGACUGCCGUCAUGCGGCUGAUGGUUACUUUUUAGGAGAUACAAGAAACGGUCAUGCGAGUUAGAAAUGUUAAGGUGGCACUCAUAAGGCAUUUGCAAACUAAACCCACUAACGCCAACGCCUAUUAAAAUGCCUGCACUUGAAACCUCUAUCAAUUUGGAAGUUAAACAAAUUAAAUCUGAAGAGACGUGGAAAACGCAGCUUGUCAACGGCGGAGCGGCAGAUGUUUCCCUAAACUCGUUGCACAGGUUGAACGGCAGUGAUGAUGCCAACGCAAUGAAACCAGAUAGACUUGUCGAGACGCAAGCUGAAGCUACAGGAGUCCCUGCCUCGAAUUGCGAAAAGGUAGUUUCAAAUGGACAGCUAAUUGUAACCCCAUUGAGAGCGGAGUCCCAUGCGGUACAAAACAGUAACAACCAAACGCUGACGCCCAACAAUUGCAACCCGCCGGUGAUUGUGUCAAAAACUCCCAUUUCUGCGGCGCUUUCACUUUCAACACCGAAAACUGCUGUGGCUCCUGUCGUGAUGAGUGCACACAUUACAAACGGCUCAAGCACCGUGCAGUCGGCUGUAAGCAACCCAGUGCCUAAGAUCAUAAUGAACGCGGGGCAGACUGGAACGAGCUCACCAGUCGUGGCGGCUAAUAACGUUAUCCAAGUGAGUUCUUCGCCGACGUGUGUUAGUACUCUGCCCAGCACUUGUGGCCAAGCCAAGGUUGAGGUGAGCUUGGCACCGUCUGCCCAAGCUGGGGUAGCCGCGGUGACUGCUCCGCAAACACCAAAGGUGACCAGAGUGGCCACUAUUACCCAGACACCAGGGAAAGGGACUGUCAUUGCUUUGCCUAGGCCGUCCACACCUCAGCCAAACGGAGCACCACGGACACCCCAGACUACUUCUGUGCAGCUGCCAGCUAAUUUCCAGAUCCCACAAGGCAUGGUGCUCAUCCGGAGUGACAGCGGGCAGCUGAUGCUGGUCUCCCAGCAGGCCCUUGCUCAGGCCCAGGCCCAGGGCAUCAUCCCCCGGGUGAACGCUGGAGCCAGGGCCCCGGCCACCCCGGGUGCCAGUCAGGCAACAGCGGUUAUUAGAAAUGCUGAGGUUACACCUGUGAUAAAGGUGCCACCACCCCCCGCAAGCGGCAAGCCAGUGACCUCUUUCCAAAAGAUGACCGUUUUAAAGGCCACAGGAGGUGCCGUUUCCACCACUGUAGGUCAGGCUGUCCGGCCAGCUGUGUCUGCAGUGAUAACAACAGUGUCUUCAGUCUCCCCUGCCAAAGCAGAGGCACCCAAGGCCACAUCCACCACUACCAUCUCUGCAGAAACUUUGGAAAAUGUAAAGAAGUGUAAGAAUUUCCUGGUGACGUUAAUUAAGCUGGCCUCCGGUGGUACUCAUUCUGCUGAAAUGGCGAAAAAUGUCAAGGAGUUGGUGAAGAGUCUGCUGGACGGAAAGAUUGAAGCGGAAGAAUUCACGGACCGCUUGUACACUGAGCUCAAGUCCUCACCUCAGCCUUAUCUUGUCCCUUUUCUGAAGAGGAGCCUCCCUGCUGUGCGUCAGCUCACCCCAAACUCACAGCUCUUCAUAGAGCAAUGCGGUCUGCCCAAACCCCCGCCGGCCCCUCCGCAGGGGGCCAAAGCGGCCCCCGCCGCGCUCCCCGGCCUCAGCCGGCCCACGCAGCCCGGUCUGGUCACCGCCCUGGCCCGCAGACCCGCCCAAACGCCCAGCUCCUCCCACCUGGUGAUUCAGCAGCCGCGGGGCGUGGUGAUGAAGCAGGCCCUGACGUCAGGCCCGUCACACUUCUCCCUGUCCGCGCAGAACAGGACUCUGCCAAAGCAAUUUGUGACCACGAUACAGUCUGCUUCCCGCGCCACAGGAACAAUUAUAAACCAAUCCCCUAUUCAGGUGUCGAAAAUUAUUACUAUGCAGCCGUCUGUUGUCCAGAGAAACUGCUUCAAGGACGGGGCCCCCACGUCGUUCAGGGAGGAGGACGACAUUAACGACGUGGCGUCCAUGGCCGGGGUGAACCUGAGCGAAGAAAGCGCCCGCAUCCUAGCGACCAAUUCUGAGCUGGUGGGGUCGGUCAUCAGGUCCUGCAGAGACGAGCCCUUCAUCGCCCCGGCCGUCCUGCACAAACGCCUGCUGGAAACCGGCAAGAGGCACGGCGUCACAGACUUCAGCUCGGACGCGGUCAGCCUGCUCUCCCACGCCACGCAGGAGCGCUUGCGGGAGCUUCUGGAGAAGCUGACGGUGGUCGCGCAGCAUCGCAAGAUAUCCUUCAAGGAUGACUAUCGGCACAGACAGUCGAGUGACACCCGGGCUCAGCUCAAGUUCCUGGAGCAGCUCGACCGCUUGGAGAAACAGAGGAAGGACGGCGAAGAGCGAGAGAUUCUCCUUCGCGUUGCCAAGAGUCGGUCCAACCGUGAGGACCCUGAGCAGCUCCGUCUGAAGCAGAAGGCCAAAGAGAUGCAGCAGUUGGAGCUGGCGCAGACGCAGCAGAGAGAUGCUAAUCUGACGGCCCUCGCGGCCAUCGGGCCCCGGAAAAAACGCCCGCUGGACACCUGGGGCGGGGGGUCUGGAAACGAGGUGGCUCUGGGCUCAGGCCCUGGUGUACUGAAGCAGGCCUCUGUUCAGAGGAUCACACGCGUGGGCUUAAAGGACCUGCUGUUCUGCAUGGAGCAGGACCCCACACUGAGACACACACUCAGCCUGUACAGGGCCCUGCUCAGAUAGUGCUCGCUCACACACACACACACACACACACACACACACACACACACUCAGCCUGUACAGGGCCCUGCUCAGAGCACUCACUCACUCACUCUCUCUCUCACACACACUCAGCCCUGCCCAGAUAGUACUCACUCACUCACUCUCACACACGCACACGCUCACUCUCUCACACACUCACUCACACACUCACUCAUUCACUCACUCACACUCACUUGCACACACUCGCUUAGACUGUACAGCGCUCUGCUGAGAUAGUGCUGGCUCACACAGACACAUGCGCACGCACACUCACUCGCUCAGCCUGUACUGUGCUACUGUGAUAGCGCUGGCUCACACACACACACACACACGUGCACGCACGCACGCACACACUAUAUGGAUUCUUGUCCAGACAGCUUCACACCAUCAAACCUCAGCCCUCAGACAAUCGCAGUCCCCUCAGCAGAACCACUGCCACACACACUGUGGAGGGGAAAGGCCACUGGCACUGUAAUGAGCAGUGCCACGCGGCUGCACUUUCUCCUGGAGUUCAAUGACAGGAGGCGGUGCUGUGGGACAUGCAGUCUGUACUAGGCACAGGUACUGUGUCCUUUUUUCUGACUCGGGCGACAUUGGCUCAGGCGGUAAGAGCAGUCGUCUGGCAGUUGGAGGGUUGCCAGUUUGAUUCCGCCCUGGGUGUUCGAUCCUGCCCUGGGUGUGUCGAAGUGUCCCUGAGCAAGACGCCUUACCCCCAAAUGCUCCUGUUGAGCUGGUCGGUGCCUUGCACGGCUAAUCGCCGUUGGUGUGUGUGUAUGAAUGGGUGAAUGAGAAACAUCAAACAUGCCAACCAACCGACUUUUGUUUGUUUGAAUCGGUGUGAAUGUGGGGUGGGGGGGCAGUUUGACUGUACUGAACAUGGUAGACUUCACCUCUGGAAAGUUUGAGCUGGAAAUGUCGUUUUCUGUUAAGGAUUGGACCAUUCCUACAAUGGACUAGCGCACCACUAAACGCCCAUCGUAACGUGUUCUGUGCAGUUGCCACAAAUUAUGGUUGAGGAUGUGUGGAUUUGAAUGUACACCGUUUGUCAUAAUGCUGAAAGAAGUGCCCAGUCGAUUUGACAUUUUUUACAAAAGCACACACCAUUGUAUGAUAUGGUUACAUCUAUAUUUGAUAAAUACAUUUUUUUUUUUUUACAAUUGCAUUUGAUUACAAUGAGAUGCUAUCUGAAUAAGAAUUGUAUAUUUGUAUUAUUGCAGCGGAUUGUAGAUUCAAUACGGUUUAUCCUUUACAUUUUCUACGCCAUAUCAUAUUGUAUCUAGUUUUUCGCUUAAACAGGUGACUAGUGUAUAGCAUUUGUAUUCGACUUGUGCAGCUAAACCCGUUUGCAGGUUGUGAGGUAAUGCCAAAAUAUAUCUGGGUAAUUUACAUGAAUAAUACAAAAGGGCUGUAUUCCACUUGUACCAAAAAUGAAUGUGAAAAUUGUAAUCUGAAUCACCGUUUUUCAAGGUGAUAACAGACUGUCACAAGCUGAUGGGAGCAUUUGUCAUUCUAUCGUAAUCAUCACUGUUAAAGGCACAGCUAACAUUGCUAGCGUGCUUUGCUUACAAACUAUAGCAUUAUUUUGCUAAACGAUUCCCAAUUAUCUGCGCUGUUUGUUCGGUCACUUUGUUAAUACACGUUUUGGCAGCCAGGGAACCCCAGAGAUGUUUGUUGGUCAUGUGAAUGUCGGCUUAUUAUUGCUGAAGAAAUGCACUUAGCUUAAAGAUCUCACAAACGGAGCGGGCUUCAGUCAGAACCCUGAUGCUCACGCAUAGACUUUGAAUGUAAUCUCACUUUCUGAAGCCCAUUUCAAGUUCACAGCCAUAUUACAUUAUGAAAUGGAGAAUUUGUGUCAUGUCCAUGCUCAGAUUGUGGAAAUUUCACAAGCAAUAAUUAUCUUUAAUAUAUUGGUACUUAAGGCAAAGGACAAACUUUUACUUGUCAGGAAAAAUGCCAAAAUAUUGCACUCUAGAAAGUGUAAAAUAUACAUAUUAGUUCCAAUCUGUGGUAAAAACCUUGUUUUAAUUUCUUGGUAAGGCUAUUUUCUGUCUAUUUUCAUACUUGAAUAUGGGGCCAUUUCUCUAUAAAAGCUAAUAAGUUGUUUUUCCAGAUGUGCCUCUUGGUUUUCUUGUUUGUAUUUUUCGUUCUGUUGCAGAAUAAUAUGCCUUAUUGUGAAAAAAGUGAAAUUAAAAAAAUCUACAUUGAUAA